UAACCGACUCAAUUCAUUAAUCAUUAUGAGAUAUAUACAACUGUAAUUCCCUCUCUUCAUGCUCCCAUGUCUUCACUCUCCUUUAAUUCUUUUUUUUCAAAUUCAAAAUCCCAUAAUUCCCUCUCCUUAACAUUCUCUCUUCAAGGAAAAACUUCCCUCAUUUUCCUCUCUUGAAUAUUGAAUAACAGCUCCACGAAAUGAGCAGUCCAUUCACAAUAACCAGGCUAGUAAGAUGGCGAAUUAAAGAUUGGGUAUCGUGCUUCUACGCGUGCAGGUUCCCUUUAGAGGAAGAAAAAGAUAUCUAUUGUUCUAUGUCGCCUCAAAAACCGAGUAGAAACAUGGUUUUCGACCCUAUUGGUGAUCAUAACAGAAAGAAGAACAGGAAAAAGUUGAAAAAGAAAAUGGAGAAGAGGAAAGAAUUUGUGGAAAUUUCAGCAGAAGGGAAGGCUGAAGAGGGAGGCGAUGACUCAAGCUGGCCUCGAUUCUCAGAAGAGGAUUAUAUAGUAUUUUGCUUUGAAGAUGAUGGAGGAAUACAUAUAGUGGAAGAUAAAAAAUCGGAGAAAUUUCAACAGAAAAUUGAUCAUGUUAACUUAAGCCCAAGGCCUGUUUGUAGGAAGCUUAAUUAUUUAGAGAAUGGACAAGAGUUCCAUCCUCACCGUCAAAAGAACAAGGUCAGUCCAGAUGGAGAAGAUAGCUAUGGUACAACUGAAGAAGAUAAUGAUGAAAAGGGUGAGGACGAAAUGGAAGAGGAAUGGCCCCCGGCUGUCGAUAAAGAGAUCAGUCACAUAGGUGAUGUUAGUGAAAACAAGACGAGUCCAUCUGCUGAAUCAAGUGAGUCUAAUGAUCACUCUAAUGGCAGCACUGGUUCCUUUGCCUUCCCUGUUUUGGGCUGGGAAUGGAUGGGCAGUCCAGCUCAAAUGCCGAAACCAGAGGAAGGCCCACGUUACGAGAAGCAUAAGGCUUGGACAUGCGUGCGUCAUCCCUGUUGCAGAUUUUGAUACCUUUUCCUACCCCUUUUCCCCUACGCGAUUUUCCUGUUGGAACUCAAACUGAUAAGAAUACAGAUCGU